AUGACAGUGUUCGGACCAUCUCAAGACCUUCGUUCGCGAGAAACGUUCAACAGCAUCGCCUAUGACCCGCUGACAAAGACUUUGUGGAUUUGCAUGGGAUCCACCCUUGCUUUAUAUGAUCUCUCGGACCCCAGCAACCCAGCUCCUGGGCCUAAGCUCUCGCCGAAGGGCUUCUUGCCAUUCGUUUCGGGAGUCGCGUUCGAUGUUCCUGGAAGAAGCGCCUUCUACGUCUCUCAGGAUGCAAACCGGUCCGGUGGAAAGGUUCAGGUGCUGAAGGUCAAUCUAGAUACACACGUUUGGAGCUUCGUAGACCUUGGACCAGCAGAUACAACUACCUCUGAUUACAUGAGCGUGGUUAUGGAAGGAAGUGCGCAGUAUCUUUACGUCGCAGCUUGCUCAUACAGUAGCUGGAAUGCCAGCUCUGGAAAGACAAGUUUUGCGGCUCGGCUAGAAGUGGCGAGUGGCUCUGUUUCGUGGCUCCAGUCAUCUUUCAACCAGACCUUCAGAGGCGUUUCUGUGGACGACAGAGAUGGUUUGGUCUAUCUGUUGACAAAUGACCCCUCCAAGCCAAUCUAUGCAGGAGCUAUAUCUGAGGAACUGAGUGUUUCGACCAUGACGACCAUGGUCAUCGCUUACGACACCGCAAACCGGCCUGGGACCGCUUACGCUGGCGUCUUCGCAAAAUCGUCUUCCACCGACCUCGCCUUCUUCCUACACGACGCCACGGACGGGAUCUCAAGCGGUGUCGACAUCCUCUCCUUCUCCACCGGCGGCUGCAAGAGGCUGUACGCGCCCUGCCUCAACUUUGACGGCACGUGCGGCUGCCUCACGUCCACUUUGUUCAACUCCAUCGCUCCCGUCUCCAAGUGCUCGACCAACGUCACGGACGAUCAGCCGCAGUUCACUCUGUCCAGCUGCUCGGCCAUUCCUCCGACCGUUGCGCUUCCGCCAAAGCUCAUGCCAGCGUCUCCCACAGCGACGCCCACCCCUGAGCUUACACCCAGCCCAACGGACCCCUCUCCUCCCCCUCCCAACGGAGCGAACACGAGUGACGUCGGCGCACAAACCUCGGGUGGAGCAGCAGGCAGCGGAAAGACCUUGAGCGCAAGUAUCGUACUCAGCGGCAUUCUGAUUGCGGCAGCUUCGAUGGUUUGA